CGGGGACAAACGCAAUCCUCCUAAACAAGUCAAUCCGCAGAUAGACGACGCGUCAGCUGGAAAUUCAUUCCAAUAUAAAAACACUAGUCUCAUUAGCGAGUUUGCAGAAGAGUAUUCUUCAGGUGGUCUUUCUGUUUACAUGGACGAAGAAGAUACAUCCGUGGACGUCCUCGAGUCACCCUCCGAUGACAUUGCUGCGGAACUUGUCUCUGAUCGCUCAGCAUACGAGAAACAAAAGGCUACUCUCCAGACCUAUCUUGAUUCCCUUCCUUACGAAUGCGAGUCCAUCGAUGUCAUGCAAGCUAAGCUUGAGUACAUAGUCAGCAAGUUGAUAGUCUGCGCUAAAUCCAAGAAUUGGUUGGUCCUCACCACCUGGGAUGCCAUCCUGCAAUGCUGGCUGCAGAUGCGCUAUCCCAUGACGACCUCCACCCGUGCUACAUUGGUCCGUUUCUAUUACGAACUAUGCCUUCUGCCUGGCAUAGAAGUGAGGGUCAUCCGUAGCUGGGCAGAUAUGCUGUACCGCCUCUUAGGAACCAAGACCGUUAAGCGCAAACUUGAGGCCACUGACCUCCAACUCCCCUGGAAACCCCUAUGGGAUGCAUUGUACAAAGAGUUGUUCCCCAAGAGCCGCCUCGCAGAAUUUCAUGGAAAUCGUAACUUAAACAAUCUAUUACUGUAUGUUGCGGAGAGCUGUAAGCGCUAUUUCCCUGCGACUGAUAUUCCCGAUAUGCUCGAGACGUUCUUGCCUAUCCUCACACCUGAUACUACAUUGACAAUGAUUCCCGUUCUGACAUCGUUCCUUCCGCCGACCCACACACACAUCUACCUUCCUGUGAUAUUCAGGAUUUGGGAAGCUUUCAAUUCGCAUAUCAUGGACGAUAGGUUUCUCGAAUUUGCUGGUAUCCUCGCGGAGGAACAUGUCGCUGGUAAGGAAGGACUUGCGGGAGAGGAAGGAGGUGCCGCAUGGAAAGAUAUUGGUAUCUGGACGCAAGAAGAGUGGUUGAUGCUUAUCAGUAAAGGAAUUGAGUCGUUGUGUAGUGCUACGGCUGUUCAGGCAGACGCUUCAGCGGCACGCCAAGGAUCCAAAGUCAAGAAAACAAUUAGUAGGAUUAGUUUCCUGGCUAAGUUGUUUGUAUACUCGAUGGCCAUCGACGGUUCAAUACGUGGAGAGUCUGCAUCCACUCCUGGGUCUCCCAAUAACCAGCCGAUAGGAUACUUGGCUGGUUCGAAGGCGCUCGACUCGUUGGACAAACUGAUUACAAGCACAGAAUCCUUCUUUCAUCCAUCAAACUCGGGUCACUGGACGUUUACGCUCACGAAUUUGCUGCAACGUCUUACCGUCGAAUUUGCCGACAGAUGGCUUGAAGAGCAGCAGCCAUCGUGCAAAACUCCCGUUGCACAUCGUCUCACUCCUUCUCUUCGGCGAGCGUUCGUUGAUGUUUUACGCACGCCUGCGCUCCUUGCCAUGUUUUCCAAAGAUUCCUUCUCUAUUAGCAUGGCACAAGGUGCACUGCGCACUAUGGCAUUGCUUGAGCCGACGCUCAUCAUGCCUGAGCUCCUCGAGCGUGCCUAUGGUGGUCUGGAAGUGGUAAACGAGACCCACCGCACCACCGCAGUGUUGAAGAUGCUGUCAGGCAUAUCACUUCCGCUUGUCUCAGAGAUGAUAUGGAGGCCGGGACAAAAGCACCUGCUUCCUCUUCUUGAACUCUGCCUUCCUGGCAUUGAUCUGAACGACCCCAAUAAGACUAUCUGUGCUACUUUAUUCAUUGUCAGCGCCAUGCAGCACGUGAAGGUUGGAGAUCUCUCGAUGCACCACUCUGGUUUCGCGUUGUCUGGAGAUGCGCCAGGCGAAGAGCUGAUGGAGGUUGAUACCGAGGACACCUAUAUCCCUGAAGGUGUCGAAAUGAGCCCAUUCGUUUCGCUAGGCAGGCGAGAAGAGAGGACUCUUGUCCGAGAGAGCACGGCAGGCUUCGCAGAUUGGGUGACGUCCCUCUUUCGCAGAGUUUUAGCUUUAUACGAGAAUCUCCCUGAGGAGGGUGGGAAGAAGAAGACUACCGGCGGGAAAACGGAAGAGACCGUUUUGAAAUCGAUAAAGAGCAUGCUUGACGUGGUCACCCUGCACCUCUCAGAUCAACUAUUUGAUCUCGUGUUGAAUCUCGUUUUCGACUACGCUGCAACAAACGCGAAGUCUAACGCCAUCCGAGCGUUCGGGCAGCUCGUAGCAUGCCUUGCACGCGCACAACCUCAGAAGACGUUGGAUAAGUUUUUGCCGUCUUGUAUCUCACGCAUACAAGAAGAACUCAGGUACGGAGCUUCAAGCAUUAGGACAACAUCAGCACACGAUCUUGUUCCGUCUGACACAACGCUACAUUGGAACAUGUCGAUAUUACGUGGGUGUCUUGCAUACGGCGCACAUGCUCUCCUCAAGCACAAGGAAGACAUCAUCAACCUUCUAUUGUUACUGUUGGAUAAGACGAAGAAUGAGCGUGGGUACACGGGUACUGCCGCGAUUGUCACCAGAGUGAUGCAUGCGCUGUCUGGUGUCUACCCAUCUGACAACCGUUUCGUGAAUGAAGACGUAUGGAAUCAGCCUGAGUUUGCCGAGUCACACAACACUCAAUGGGGUCACCUGUACGAAGCAAAGGAUGUGAAGGUGAAAUGGCACGUUCCAAGCACCGAGGAAGUGCAAUUCAUUCUGGACAUCUUGGAUCGUGUAGCAGCUCCUGCGCUCGAUAAGAUAGAGACCUUGGCGCGGUCGACUCGGCAUUGGGAUGAAGUCGUCAGGAAUGAUUUCUGCAGGUACCUCUUGUUCGUGAGGUCUGUCUGGAGCGGCCUACCGUCAUUCCUGAAGGAAGGACCCAAAGACGCAGUGCACCCAUGCCUCGAUCUAGAAACAGAACUGGAAGGACUUAUUGUUGAUCAUCUUGACGUCACAGCUGGAUUUAUUCUCACUGAUCUCAACGAUCCCCGUUACCAACAAGCCUUGCAGCAUCGCAUCCGUUUUGGCUGUGUCACGCACUUGGCCGCAAUUGCCUUGCGCCAAAUUCAAGGAGGUGAAGAUCAUUUGGAUGCUGUCGUCGCCGUCGUGAAGGCCAUCGACACUUACUUCUUGGAUUACGGGAUGAGUCGGGCAGACUUUAUCACAUUGCAAAAGAAUUUUGCACAGUCGAGAGAGGUGAACCGAGUGUCGGCAAGGCAAAAAGAGAACUCGCGAAUUGCGUGGGUAAAAAGAGCACACGUCUACCACUGUGGCCGGCUCUAUAUCCACGCUUUGUAUCGCCGAAGAUCGUCCCUGGACGACACGUUACUGAAGGAAGACCUUGCGGAGCUCUGUUUGUCACCAUACACGCGAGUGCGACGCCUCGCUCAGAAUGUGCUGCACAGCGCAUGUGGUUCGUAUGUCCGCGCGACAAGAUACAUCCUGCCAUCUAUUUUCAACGCGCUGUCGAAAGGCAAUGAUCCUGAUAGGAUCAAGGGCGCUUUGUACGUCCUUGGUAAUAAAGGCACAGCCGCGUUGACUAUGUCUGAGCCGCCGCUACGACGACAAUACCUGGUUGCUUUGUUAGAAUGCCAGCACGAAGAGAAACCCUCGAUACAGAAGCUUGUCACCACUUUCUCCACGGAGUGUUUGAUACACCUCGGUGAAGAAGUCAUAAGGACUUCUUCGUACACAGCCCCUACUCCUGGGGUUGAAUCUGCUAUUCGCACUCUUGAAGAAGUGUUCUCGCCUGCCGUCGUUGAUAGCAAGCUAACAAAGGCGGCGGUAGAAUGUGUUGCUAAGCGUGCACAGCGAUGCCUGGAGGAGACCGACAAGACUGUCCGCUCUAUUCUCGAGAUUGCCUCUCGGCCUACCACACAUUGGAGAUAUGUACACAUGGCCAUGAAGUUUUUGACGGGCUUCCUCAGACGCGACGCAGUAGCUCCUCCGGAGUUGGUUCGCUUCUUCAUGGAACAAACUCUUAGCCCACAACCAGGGAUAAGGACUAGUGCUGAGCAGGCAAUCGUGAAGACCGCCGUUCUCAUGAAGAUACGAGCAUACGCCAAGACUGAUGAUGAGCUCUGGCUCUGCAAAUGGCAAAGUCCCUUUGCGAGGACUAUUUCCAUCGACGACCCGCCUGCUUUCCUUGCACAACUAUACCAACCCGUUAAUGAAGCCGACGGCUUUUACGUCGACCUGCUAGACACUGGCUUUUUGGCUUGGACGAAGACCAUCAAAUGCUAUCCUGUGAAUCUGACCAACUCAGUGUCAUGGGACUCGGCGUCAAGGCAGUGCUUGCAGGCCAUGCGUAGCUGUAUCGGAAAAGGAUACUUCACUCAGCUCGCAACAUUAUGGAGCCAAGAGUCCAGCAAGGCAUCUGGCUCGCCACAUCUUCACGCAGAGAACGUGAUUUUUAUGAUUACUCUAGCGAAGUUGUUCAACGGCGAACACAUGCAUCUAAUCCUUUCAAUUGUCGAGCCAUUGAUGACCGAUGCGGACAAGUUCAAGCAGGCGGCUGCGGCUGAGAUGUUGACUGGACUGUUGCGCGGGUCCAAACACUGGCCCAAGCAAACACGAGAAGAACUUUGGUCCUGGCUCACGCCACGUUUCGACCUUAUUUUCGCUCAGGCGAAGCCGGAUACUGUUUCAUACUGGACUUCGUUCCUAGAGCAUACACUACUGAACCUUGACCCACGUCGCUUCCAGCCCUUAGUCAAUUGGAUAUUAUCGCUCCAUCUUGACUUCCAGGGCGACUCUGCAUUUUCCAUGACGAAGGCUCUUAACGUUAUCGUUGUGUUCAUUGAUUCUGUCGGCGUCCGGUUUAAUGCAGUAUCUGAGAAAUAUGCCUCGAUUUUCUUCGACAACGCGGACUCCAACUAUGCAGAGAUAAGGACUUCGAUAUCCAAUGCCCUGUGUCUGAUAGCUAAGUAUCAAUGGAGACCAGCGUAUCCCUCUGUGGAUGCCCUUCUCGUGGCAUGCGCAGAGAGUCCAGAUCCACUCCGAAUCAGACAAGGGUUUUUCUCUCAUCAUGUACAAUCGAUUAUCGGUAAUCUGCCUAAUUGGAAGGAUGAACGUUUUUCUCCACCUAGAGUUUCACAGUCCCGGGUGGACCUGACAGUGCUACUCUGGUUAUGGGUAUCUCUUUAUAGCCCUGAAGCUUGUCUUGUUCGUCCUCAUGCCAUGGCUCUGUUACCUGAACUCUUGAGCAUGUCAGAAUUGAGCGACAAUCCGGAACUCCAAAAGUACAGCAGCGCUGUGCUUCGUGUGUUUUCCUCGGUUCAUCUGCCGCCUUCGCUUACGCACGUCGUCCUGGAGAACCUAGUCUCGGCCAUUCAGUCAUCUGAGUCGUGGCGAAUUCGAUUGCAUGCAUUGCCUGCCCUGGUCACUUUCUUCUAUCGAAACCUCUUGACGAUUUCAUCUAACGGCGUGCUCAAAAUCAUGGAUGUAUUACUCGAUUGUUUAUCAGAUGAGAACGUCGAAGUUCGAGAAAUGUCGUCCAAGACCCUGCUCUGGAGUUCCUCCAAUCGCUUCAUAUCAUUGGCGCGCAACGUAAAGCUCCCUUCACGUACACACCAUGAUUAUGGAGAGUCACUUCGGAAGUUACAUUCUGCUAUCCUUGGUCUAUGUGCCCUUAUUGAGAGUUUCCCGUACUCUGUCGAGCCCUGGAUGCCGUCCCUCACAGAAGUCCUGGCGAGACACGCAACAGAUCCACCGCCGAUCUCGACGACGAUUCGUCACUGUGCUUCUGAGUUCAAGAAAACUCACCAGGUAAAUUGCUUCCGCGAUCAAUGGCAAUCUUCGUUGCGCCUUAUCGUCGAUUUUACAGGAUACGUGGCACAAGGAUCAACUAGCUUUUGACGAAGAUCAAUUACAGAGCCUCUCUACGAUGCUUGUUGGUACUUCAUAUUACGCCUAGAUAAUGUUUCAUAAAUUGGCAUCGAUCCGCGCCUCCGUCAGGACUCAGCAUCAGCAGGACGUUUGUAUUACAUCGCCGUGUCAACUAUGUAUAAAUUAGGGCACAUACUUGAUGUAUCAGGUCUUCUUCCAAGAAUAUGUGUUAUCGAUGAUUAAUUCCGCCUAUAUCUGCGACGGUUUGGGCUGUUCAAUAUUGGUAUUGUCCCUACUCCCGCUCGGAUGCUCCUGCCGAACAGGAGCAAGGUUUGUGUACCAUUAAAUGUAGCUUUAUCAUUGUGGCUCAUUGAAAAAAAAAAGAAGUUCCAAGGGAUGUUGGCUUGCAAUUCAUCGGCUCGGAACCACAUGAUGGGCUAGUAUAUGUGACUCCUGGAGACG